UGUGAACCAACUCUCAACUGUUGUUGACUCAAGUUUCAAAACAGUUCCAAUGCCAGGUACAUCUUUGUAUCUUCAAUCACUAGCUUUGGUUCAGAUUAUGUGUCUUCAUUAUUUCAUUCAUUUGUAAAGGAACUCUAAGAUGUAAAUGCAGUGUUUCAUUGUGAUGGCUCCAUAAGUUCCCUCCCACCGGUUCCACCCAAGUGGCAUGCAUAUGUAGCUACUUAAGGAACCUACAUUAAUUGGGGAGAUGCAUCAGCAAAGUAUCCUAUUGUCCAGGUUGAAUUUCCCGCUUGCUAUACAGCAUGUGCUUCACCCUUCCUUUUCCUCGUAAGUGUUGCCAGUACGACGAGAAUUGGCGAACGAAGUGUGAUAUUCACUGAGGAUUCUCCUCUUCAGGACACUUCCAUAAGUGAGACUGCAGCUACUUCUGACAAGAAUUAAGCUGAUCGCCCGUUUGAAGAGAAAUAAACGUAUCUUUGUUGACUCUUCCGCGUCGUUCUUUUCAAGAACUACCAGCUGUGAUCCUCAUUCAUUUCUUCUUCUCCCUUCGUACUGCCGCCAGACAUUCUCCACUCCAGCAUCGCCGUUUAUCUCACAAUGCUGCUCUCUUUUGUGACCUUACUCACUUUCGUUCCCUUUUCUCUGGCGCUCUGGCCUCAGCCGCAGGAGUUCAAGCAUGGCAACACAACCUUGUGGCUCGCCUCUUCUGCGGAAUUCUCCUACCAGCCUAAUUGUGCAGGCAACGCCCCUGGAGAUGUGGAUUAUUUCUCUACAUAUGUGGACUUGGCGGAAGUCCUAGACUUCUUCCAGACGCCCUGGUUGAGAAAACCUAAGGCUACAGGCAUACCUGUUCCAAGUGUUGCUAAAGUAGUCCGGAAGGCUAUUAAACGCGCUGGGAAAGAAAUAUACCGCACCAAAUUCGUACCUUGGAAAUUCCAUCCACGGAAUAGCACCUUUGAACCCGCCUUGGAUGGACAACAUGCAGUUAUCCGCCAAGUAGUCAUCAACCAAGGCUCUGAAAGCAAGCCAGGGGCGGAAACGCGAGACUACAUCCAUGAAGACGAAAGCUACAAGAUUGAAAUAUCCGCCACUGGCGAAGCAACUAUUUCGACAAAAUCCGCCAUCGGAACUAUCCGUGCACUCCAAACCUUUAGCCAGCUAUUCUAUGCACAUUCUUCCGGGCCGGGGGUAUAUACCCCGUACGCACCUAUUUCCAUAUCGGACGCCCCUAAAUGGGGUCACCGUGGCUUGAACCUUGAUAUAUCUAGAAACGCGUACACGCCAGCGGAUAUUAAACGAACAAUUGAUACCAUGGCUUCUGCAAAGAUGAACCGUCUUCACAUCCACGCAACGGAUUCCCAAUCAUGGCCGUUGGAUAUCCCCUCUAUGCCUGAAUUAGCGGCCAAGGGGGCCUACCAUCCCAGUCUAAUAUUGACGUCUUCCCAGCUGUCGGAUAUCCAAAUUCAUGGCCUCGAACGGGGUGUUUCAGUAUUCCUAGAAAUCGACAUGCCCGGCCACACGGGCUCGAUUGGAUACGCGUUUCCCGAACUGGUGUCCGCCUUCCUAGCCGAUGAAUGGGACAAGUACGCGCUCCAACCCCCGAGCGGGCAAAUCAAGUUAAAUUCGUCAGACGUAGAUGAGUUCCUCGACAAGCUGAUGGCAGAUUUGCUUCCUCGCGUCUCGCCAUUUACCCGCUAUUUCCACACGGGAGGUGAUGAAUUCAAUCUCAAUACGUAUCUUCUCGAAGAGGCAAUCGGGUCGAGCGAUGAGGCCGUCCUCCGCCCCUUACUUCAAGCUGUCGUAACACGUCUUCACACCGCCAUCCGCGAAGCAGGGCUCACGCCAAUUGUCUGGGAGGAACUCGUGGCAGACUGGGACCUAACACUCUCCCCCUCCCCAACCGAGAAAACCGAAAUAAUCGUACAAGCAUGGCGCAACUCAUCCGCCGUCAAACAUCUCUUGGACCGCGGAUACCGCACAAUCUUCGGCUCCGGCGACGCCUGGUACCUCGACUGUGGACAGGGAAUCUACGUAAACCCCAAACCAGGCUCGACCGCAAUCAAAGAACCUUUCCUCGACUGGUGCAGCCCGAAAAAGAACUGGAAGCACAUGUACAUGUAUAACCCCCUGGAGGGAAUUUCAGAGGAUCUGCACCAUCUGAUUGAAGGCGGGGAGACGCACAUGUGGUCGGAGCACGUUGACCCGAUCGUCCUUGACAUGAUGGUCUGGCCCCGGGCAGCCGCAGCCGCAGAGGUACUCUGGAGCGGGCCGCGGACCACGAAUCAGAUUCAGGAUGCGUCGUAUCGCCUGAGCGAAUGGCGCGAGCGCGCUGUGAUCGAUUUGGGUGUUGGAGCCAGCUUGGCACAGAUGACGUAUUGUCUCAUGAGGGAGGGGAGCUGCGAGUUGUAAAGUGGAGCGGAAUUUGGGAUUUCUCCUCCUCGGGUUUCACUUGUGACGUUUUAGGGUUUUUGAAGACGUCCAUAUUGGGGGGAGGAAACGGUGGUGGUGGGGGCGUGUGGGUAAUGACCAGUUACUGGUUUUCGGCUAUGAAGAAUUAAAUUGAAUAAUUGUAACCCCGCGAGUCCUCGAGGAAAUCUUUCACGUGCUAAAAGAAAUGUCUAUGAGGGAAAUGAAUGAAUGAAACAAGGAUGAAAAUAUCCACCACCAAUCAAUCAUAAAAAUAUGUGCCGUCAGGCAACUUUUAAUUUAUUUCACAAAAUAAUAAACACAACCUUUCACACCCCUUCAGCCAUUGGGGAAAAAAACAUUUAAAUAGACAGGGGCAGAACUUCCAGCAGACGCACUUCCACGUCCAUCAUGGAUAUUAUUCUAAGGUUAAACCAUCACCAAAAUUAUUUUUACCCCGGACAUCAACAUUCCCCCGGUCCCCGUCCCAGAGCCCCAGAAUCUUCAUCUGACACCGAGGCCUCAAUAUAGGAGCAUUUUAGCGCGUCUUGGUUAGUCCUGCUCCAGCCAAUUAUUGGGCACAUCGUACGGCGUCACGACUCACCAUCGUGGGUUUGCGGGGAAGGGCUAAACGAGCCAAAGCACCCCCGGCGUACUUUUUUGCAGGCCGUGCCUUCAAACUUACUCAGGGAUGGGACAUUUAGUUGUGUGUGCGCCAGGAGGUACCGCCGGCUGCUAGGUAGGGGUCGGGUUUGUGUGAGGACUUUGGUACGAGACUGCAUCUGGGGAACAUGAAAUGAUGAUAUCAAAGUUGUUUCUUCUUUUCUUUGACCAUGUAAAUUAUGUACGCCGCGUAGACUCAUGGCAACGUCUUUCUUAAGAUUUUAGGAAUCGGAUGCGCCUGAUUUGGCCUUCAUUCAAUGACAUGUAGAUGUGUACUCCGUAUGUAUGUGCCAGCGAUAAGAUGACCCUAGGUAGUAGGCGAACGGUAAGCACUCUAAUAAAUGGACCAUUCAGCAAGCAAAGCAAAGCAAAGCAAGC